CCGCGCAGAGCCGAGGCCCUCGUCUGGGGGCAAAUUCACUGCUUGAGUUUGGAACAGGGCUGUGGAUGAUGCAAUAGGAAGACUAUCAACUGGAUUCUGGGGCUCCAGGUCUCUUCCUUCUGCGUGGCUAAGAGGAGAACUCUUCUGCUGUCAAACGACUAUUCACAGACGGUGAGCAUUUGGCUGGGAUGCUUGUCCAACGUGGCAGUGUGAAAAGCUGUUUGAGAUCCUUGAAGGAGACGUACAAAGUGUCUGAGUCUCCCAGUAAGGAACCCUCUCUGAAAGCCUUGUGAGAACUGGAAGAGCCCGAUGCCCUUGGUUUGACUCUGCUAAGAGCCCCUGAGUUGCUUAACCUGCAUAUGGUCAUCUCAGUAAUUUAAGAUCUUCCUGAGGACAUUGCUGCAAGAUCGUCUUCAACUGUUCAUAACGAAGAUGAAGAUCCCUUUCCUCCUACUGUUCUUUCUGUGGGAAGCUGAGAGCCACGCAGCAUCAAGGCCGAACAUCAUCCUGGUGAUGGCUGACGACCUUGGCAUUGGAGAUCCUGGGUGCUAUGGAAACAAGACUCUCAGGACUCCCAAUAUUGACCGGUUGGCCAGUGAGGGAGUGAAACUCACUCAGCACCUAGCAGCAUCACCCCUGUGCACACCAAGCAGAGCAGCCUUCAUGACUGGCCGGUACCCUGUCCGAUCAGGAAUGGCGUCUCAUUCCCUCCCUGGAGUUUUCCUCUUCACGGCCUCUUCGGGAGGACUUCCCACCAAUGAGAUUACCUUUGCCAAGCUUCUGAAGGAUCAAGGUUAUUCAACAGCACUAAUAGGGAAAUGGCACCUUGGGAUGAGCUGUCACAGCAAGACUGACUUCUGUCACCACCCUUUACAUCAUGGCUUCAACUAUUUUUAUGGGAUCUCCUUGACCAAUCUGAGAGACUGCAAGCCCGGAGAGGGCAGCGUCUUCAUCAGGGGCUUCAGGAAGCUGGUCUUUAUCCCUCUGCAGAUCAUCGGGGUCGCCCUCCUUACCCUCGCUGCACUCAGUUGUCUGGGGCUGCUCCGCGUGCCUCUAGGCAUUUUUUUCAGCCUUCUCUUCCUGGCAGCUCUGAUCCUGACCCUUUUCUUGGGCUUCCUUCAUUACUUCCGGCCCCUGAACUGCUUCUUGAUGAGGAACUACGAGAUCACCCAGCAGCCCAUGUCCUAUGACAAUCUCACGCAGAGGCUAACGGCAGAGGCGGCCCAGUUUAUACAGCGGAACACUGAGACUCCGUUCCUGCUUGUCUUGUCCUACCUCCACGUGCACACGGCCCUGUUCUCCAGCAAGGAGUUUGCCAGCAAAAGUAAACACGGAGUCUACGGGGAUGCUGUUGAGGAAAUGGACUGGAGUGUGGGGCAGAUCUUGAACCUUCUAGAUGAGCUGAAAUUGGCUAAUAAUACCCUCAUCUACUUUACAUCGGACCAGGGAGCACAUGUAGAAGAAGUGUCUUCCAAAGGAGAAAUUCAUGGCGGAAGUAACGGGAUCUAUAAAGGAGGAAAAGCAACUAACUGGGAAGGAGGUAUCCGGAUUCCAGGCAUCCUUCGUUGGCCCAGGGUGAUACAUGCUGGCCAGAAGAUUGAUGAGCCCACUAGCAACAUGGACAUAUUUCCUACAGUAGCCAAGCUGGCUGGAGCACCCUUGCCUGAGGACAGGAUCAUCGAUGGACAUGAUCUGAUGCCUCUGCUUGAAGGGAAAAGCCAACGCUCAGAUCACGAGUUUCUCUUCCAUUACUGCAACGCCUACUUAAAUGCUGUGCGCUGGCACCCUCAGAACAGUACAUCCAUCUGGAAGGCCUUUCUCUUCACCCCCAACUUUGACCCCGUGGGUUCCAACGGAUGCUUUUCCACACACGUGUGCUUCUGUUCCGGGAAUUAUGUCACCCAUCAUGACCCACCUUUACUCUUUGAUAUUUCCAAAGAUCCAAGAGAGAGAAACCCAGUAACUCCAGCCACUGAGCCCCGGUUCCAUGAAAUCCUCAAAGUCAUGCAAGAAGCUGCGGACAGACACACCAAGACCCUGCCAGAGGUGCCCAACCAGUUUUCAUGGGACAACUUUUUUUGGAAGCCCUGGCUUCAGCUGUGCUGUCCCUCCUCUGGCCUAUCUUGCCAAUGCGACAGAGAAAAACAGGAUAAAAGACUGAGCCACUAGCUGUGCCUGGGCACCAGGCAGAUGCAUGUGGCAAAGCUCACCAUCUUCAUUAUAAACACGCACCUGGGAGUGGCACUAGGGAAAGCUAACUCCGCCCACACCUUGGAUUUGGACUCAUUCUCUAUUUUAUUAACUGAAGGCUUGGGCCAGAGCUCAACAGCUACUCACCUGGAGGGACAAGGGGGAUAAGAUCUGUAGUAUACAGAGAGGAAGAUGAUAAGUUUAUGACUUCUGUGGCCAGAGUCUUGGACUCAUGGAAAGAGAAUGACUAGAGGGGCAUUGACAAGGCAUACCAGCACAGGCAGAUGGCAAAAAGGUGCAGAAGGCAAUCUUAAAACAGAAAGGUGCAGGAGGUACCUUUACUCACCCCUCAGCAAAUAUGUAUGUCAACAGUAUAUGUUAUCAUUUACUCUAUAAUCUGUAGUGAUGCAAUAACCACCAUGAUUCCUCAGCAUAAUAAAAAAGGCAAUCAAGUAAAA